CCCAAGCGUGGCGACACCCGACACAAUGGCCGACCUGCCAACCGUAUCCAGCUCUGUCCCCGUCGAUUACCCGCCCCAAUCUCUCCCGGACAAACCGCUCUCGUCUGCUGGUCCGGACAAUCCCAGCAAUGACCGUGGACAUGGGUUCUGGUACCUCGGCAACUCAGCCCCCAAACACUACAGACGUGACACAUUGGCCUACCCCACUGGCGUCACCAUCAGCGAACAGGACAGCGAGACAGACGUGGAGACAGCCAUGAGCGUCGAGACAGAUAUCCCCACGGCUGACGUAGAAAUUGACGGCGUGACCAUUGUGCCAUUCAAGAGAAGCGUGUCUCUGCUGGACAGCAUAUCCAUGCCGUCCGGCUUCCCCCAGACCCGGCCCCGCAUCCACAUCCAGCUCAUGCGUGCCAGGUCAAUCAGCCAGCUGACAGUCAGUCAAUAUGACCAAACGAGCCUCAGUCUAGCAGACGACACGGCAAGUACAAUAGAAGACUUGCCAAGCUUGUCUGCAUCAAACCCGGAUGUUUCAAUUAAACGUUCGGGGUACUUGAAGAAAAUAAAAACACUUUUUCGACCGAAAUCCAUGAAAAACGUGUCCAACUUGAGUGCUUCAAAUGAAAAUAUAAAUUCGACUUCAAAUAUUAUCGCUGGGAAAAACAUACGCAGAGUUAGAUCUGUCUCACAGAGUUCUAGCAAAAACAUUUUAUCAGAAACUAAAUCUAGAAAUUCGGAAUCGCCCGUUUCUUCAAUAGAAAAGUCUGUCAAAUUUGAACCAGACACGUCUGCCAGACUUUCGACCGCGCGCGGCAAAAACAAACCAGCACACGGUAAAGAGAAAGACAGCGACGAUGAGGCUGAAGAUGUAAUAUCUCGAUGUGGCACAAAGCUGGAGAGAAGCUACUCGCUUGUUCGCUCAGACAGCCGAGACCGUAACACGGUUAACUUCACCAGGAUUCCGAGCAUGCGCAGACGCCACUGUGUUCUCGAGCUGCUCCACCACUUCACCACCAGCUACCCCCCAGAUGACAUGCAGGAGACCCACGUCAUCAAAGAGGCCACCCACAUCCAGCCCCUGGAGGGGGGAGAGAGUGUUGUCACAGACAUACUCUCCAACAAAAUUGUUCUCUUCGACGCCCGCGGCUUCCCUAAAGUGACGUUUGCCGUGGAGCCCGGGUCGGAGCCGUGGGCCACGUGCGUGACGCCGGACGGGGCGCUGGCCGUGACCUUGAAAAGACAGGGGUGUGUGUCACUGUGGUCCACUUCCGGUGAACCGAUUAGAGAAUUCGGACAAAACGAGUUGUCAGCUCCAACAGGUAUACAGUGUGACGCCCUGGGACGUUUUGUGGUAGCAGACGAAGAGGCCAACACCGUGUGCAUCUUCAACAAGCAGGGCGCAUUGGUGACGGAGCUCUUCGCGCCCCUGGUGGCCACCAAAGAAAACCAGGUGCCGACAAACUCGCCCUUCGUCGCCACCUUCUUCAACCAACCACGCUACAUCUGCGUCACCAAAGAAGGAAAUUACGUCAUCGCGGACUCGGCCAAUCACAGCGUUAAAAUUUUCGACCAAUCCAUGAACUUCACGAGACAGUUCGGUCAGUUUGGCCGAUGCGACGGGCAGUUUAAAUUUCCGUACGGCGUGGCUAGCGACGAGGCGGGCAACUUGUACGUGGCGGACCACUACAACAACCGAGUCUCGCUCUUCACGAAAAAAGGAGAGUUCGUGGAGCACCUGCUGACGUCACAGGACGGGGUUACCCGACCUUCGAGUAUUGGUGUGUUGAACUCGAGGCUCUACGUCACACACGGGGGGCUCCGGGCCAAUAAAAUCUCGGUGUAUAGGCUGAAGAAAACCCCGACAGAAGCGACCAUUGGCUGAUGCUUGUGUAGCUAUUGGACAGAGUUGUGUUGGAAGUUAACAAUUUAAACACUUGUGCAAUGAUAAUAAAGAUGUUCAGUGGAUAAUGCAGAUUUAUCACCCAUACUGCAUUGUUUGUAAUAAAGACAAUUAUGACACGAUACUAGAUUCGUAGACGGAGAUUUAGCCAAAAAAGAAUUAAUAGGCUGUGCGUAACGUGGAAACUUGGAUCACAAUGGCUCACAUCAUCACAUGCAACAAUAAAGUUAAACGAUUUGGCUAUGCUAAACGGCUAAUUAAAUUUUAAAAAAAAAGCACAUCUAGCCUCUGUAUCAAGUCGGUGGUACCAAAACCACGUGACCGAGUUAUGGCCACGUGUUUGGCCGAGUUCUGGUCACGUGUCCUAGACCAGAGACGUGUUGCGCCCAGCAUUUCAUGGGUACACCAGCCUUGCCUGCAGACAACCCAUCCCCACCGUGACAAAUCAGAGUCUGUUGUCCUUUCCCUGUAACAACCAACCCAGUGAAAGAUGAAACAAACACUGGACAAUACACAAUCUCUUUGUAAUCACAGCGUGUGCAUGACCAAUUAUUAAUCUAAUUUAUACGCAUAACAUAUUGUGCAAGUACCUAGUUUAUGCGACCUUUGCAUAUAUCAGUUUUUUGUUCACUCUUCCACCCAACCCAAUAAAAUGGGUUUUAUGCCUAGCCAUGCUUAAAUAGUUUUGACAAGGGAAUUAACCAUUAAAAAGGGUGAUAACUUCUCAAUAAGGGAGUUCACUCUUCAAGAACUAUAAAGAAUCUAUUAUAUAUUAUUUUAGAUUCUAGUCUGGUUCUAUUGUUUAUACACAUUUUGUUAUAAAGAAUCUAUUAUUAAAAGUUU